CCUCUUGAAAAGAGGACAAAGAACACGCAUCUCCCCAGAUUUUUAAAGAGGAAGCACCGUGGUAAGAAAAAAUAUCUUUAAGUAAAGAGGAUUCAAAAAGGGGAGGAGGAAAAAAAUACACGAUGGUGUGAUGACCUUGAGUUGCAGCCUAGAAUCUGGAGCCCAUUGGAAUGCAGAUUUAAAGCUCUCUCUCUCUUAAUUUUGACGCCAUAAAUGGAUAAUUGAAAGCUCCAUAACUGCAAUGUUUACUUUAAAAUGGAUCAGUAAUAUAAAUUUAUGGCCUGUGGGCCAUAUAUACAUUACAGCCUUCCACCACCUGCCGUAGGCAAGCUGCCAAAGGCAAGCUUUAAGCAACAGAGCCUCUUUCCUGGUUCUGUGUGUGAAAUAUUCUCUCUCAGAUUUGACGUCUACAUCUCUGCCUGUCUGUAAUUGCUAUAUGUGUGCCUCGGUGCAUUGGCUCCCUUUGGCUUCUUCAACAGUAUGAAUUUCCAAAAGAGAGAGAAACUCCAGGGAUGUGAAUAGAAAGACUAUUGUCAAGUGCCGGGAUGGUGAGACUUGCGGAUAGAAACCUCUCCCAGGCAUUGUGAACUUUCAGAAUGGUGUAAAUUCCCAUGGAUAUGAAUUCUCAGAUCGGGAUUAAUCCCCAUGGAUUGUGAAUGAUCAAAAUGAGACUCUUCGGUAAAGUUAAACUUUCAGAACUUAAGACCCCCCCUCAGAAUGUGAACUUUCCAAAGGAUAUAAAAAGCUCAGGGAUUUCGAACCUCAAGUGGUUCAUCCCUCAAAUAUAAGUACAUUCUCAGAAGUUCCUUCAUCAGGAAUGGGUCUCCAGACACAGGAAGUAUAUGAAGGGUCACGUGGCAGGAAGUGGCCAUUUUGAAAAAGGACUCUUUGUGACAAUAACCAGGCAUUUGUAUUAUAAUGAUAAGAAAGGGACCAUCUUAUUCUUGUCACUUUGCGACAAAUACUACCACGAUUCAUUACUUUCCAUCAGUGCAUCAUCCUAUGGAGGAAUCACCACUGCCUAUCCACAUUGAGGAGGGGACAGAAGUCCCGAUUGAGAUCAGAGGUAUGGCCACAAAGGAGAAGCUUCAGUGCUUGAAAGAUUUCCACAAGGACAUCCUCAAACCUUCCCCUGGCAAGAGCCCAGGGACACGUCCUGAGGAUGAAGCAGAGGGAAAGCCGCCCCAGCGGGAGAAGUGGGCGAGUAAGAUUGACUUCCUGCUCUCUGUGGCUGGUGGAUUCAUUGGUUUAGGCAACGUCUGGCGGUUUCCGUAUCUCUGCUAUAAAAAUGGCGGAGGUGCAUUUCUUAUACCUUAUUUUAUUUUCCUGUUUGGGGGAGGUCUUCCUGUAUUUUUCCUGGAAGUGGCGCUAGGACAGUAUACCUCUGAAGGGGGAAUUACAUGCUGGGAGAAGAUCUGCCCUAUUUUCACUGGAAUUGGUUAUGCUUCCAUAGUGAUCGUGUCCCUUCUGAACGUGUACUACAUUGUCAUCCUGGCUUGGGGCCUGUACUAUCUGUUCCAGUCAUUUCAGAGCGUCCUACCCUGGGCUCAUUGUCAUCAGGAAUGGAACACACCUACAUGUGUAGAAGACACUCUCAGGAAGAACAAAACACUUUGGAUGUCACUGAAUGCCACUAACUUCACUUCCCCCGUCACAGAGUUUUGGGAGCACAACGUACUGAGCUUGUCCUCAGGAAUUGAGGAAGUCGGUGUCGUCAAGUGGGAUCUAGCACUGUGUCUCCUUCUUGUCUGGGUGAUAUGUUUCUUCUGCAUUUGGAAAGGAGUCAAGUCAACCGGGAAAGUUGUGUACAUCACUGCCACAUUCCCAUUUGUAAUGCUUCUCGUGCUGUUAAUCCGUGGUGUGACCCUGCCUGGCGCUGCAGAAGGCAUCAAGUUUUAUCUAUAUCCCGAUAUCACACGUUUGGCAGACCCACAGGUAUGGAUAGAUGCAGGGACACAAAUCUUCUUCUCGUAUGCAAUCUGCUUAGGAGCAAUGACUUCCCUGGGAAGCUACAACAAGUACAAAUACAACUGCUAUAGGGACUGUUUGCUGCUGGGAUGCCUGAACAGUGGUACCAGUUUUGUGUCUGGCUUCGCAAUUUUUUCCGUCCUGGGCUUCAUGGCACAAGAGCAAGGGGUGAACAUUGCUGAUGUGGCAGAGUCAGGUCCAGGCCUGGCCUUCAUCGCCUACCCAAAAGCUGUGUCCAUGAUGCCGCUGCCCACCUUCUGGGCAAUCCUUUUUUUUAUUAUGCUUCUGUUGCUUGGACUGGAUAGCCAGUUUGUUGAAGUUGAAGGACAGAUCACAUCAUUAGUUGAUCUGUACCCAUCCUUCCUAAGGAAGGGUUACCGACGGGAAAUCUUCAUCGCUAUAGUAUGUUUCCUAAGCUAUCUUCUGGGACUAACUAUGGUGACUGAAGGUGGCAUGUAUGUUUUUCAACUCUUUGACUACUAUGCAGCUAGUGGUGUAUGCCUUUUGUGGGUUGCAUUCUUUGAAUGUAUUGCUGUAGCCUGGGUUUAUGGCGCUGAUAAUAUUUAUGAUGCCAUUGAGGAUAUGAUUGGAUACAGACCUGGUCCCUGGAUGAAAUGGAGCUGGAUUUUAAUCACACCAGUUCUUUGUGUGGGGUGCUUUAUCUUUUCCUUGGCCAAGUAUAAACCUCUGACCUACAACAAGGUCUACACAUAUCCUGACUGGGCAAUUGGCCUGGGUUGGGUUCUUGCCCUUUCCUCCAUGAUCUGCAUCCCAAUGGUGAUGGUCAUACGCAUCAUACAGUCAGAUGGAUCGCUCAUUGAGAGGAUAAAAGCAGUGGCUGCUCCCAAGGAAGUGAAUCGGUGGGCCAAGGACAGAGGAAGCGCCACUCCAUUUUGCGCCAAUGGAACUGCUAAUGGCGGAUUGAUCAAGCCAACUCAUAUCAUUGUGGAGACUAUGAUGUGAGCUCUCUCUAUGAGAGGAUAAACCUGCUUUAACUGCCGUUUACUAACCAUAGAUUCUCAUAGGACCAGGUUUACAGAGCUUUAUAUUUGCACUAGGAUUUAUUUUUAUUUCUCACAGAGAAGUUAUUUUUUGUGUGUGUGGUUUUUUUUGUUUUUUUUUUGUUUUUUUUAAAAUAUUUUGUAAGGUAAUCACAGCAGACACCUCUCUGGGGAGGCCGAGCUUUCAUAUCAGACUAGAUAUAUUACAGGAAUUUACUAUUAUUGGGUUUUUUAAGUAUAUAUCUAUCUCUAAAUAUUGUACUCCUUACCACUUGAAUUGAUUGUCUUGCCAGCAAUAUAUUCAAGUCUCGGACAGCCAGUUUUAGGUGCUGGUGUGGUGGGGAACAGGGUCAACCCUAGAACACACAAAUGAGCUCUGUUGAGAGGUCUUUUUUUUUUUUUCUCCUUUUUUUUAAAGAAAAAGAAAACAACAGAUAUUGCUCUGAGAGUUUGUUUUUCAAAGGUGUAGUACUUUUGUUUUCCUCUGGUUCAAAUGAGGCGAAUGACAGACUUCAGGUUCACGUCAGGAAAAGGGUACUGAACACUGUGACAUUUGUCAUGGUCCAUGCUAAAAAAAUGUACAUAUUUGCUCAAUGGGAGGUGAGAAGUUUGGAGUGGAGGAGAAGCGGUUAGGAACAAAAGACCAAUCAGGAUCAUUGUCAUUCCUGAGCACAGCUGAGGAGCUUCAUCACUGUGGAAGGCAAUGACCGCAGAGGAGAGCAAGUUUGCCAACUCAGCCCUCUUUACUCUAGCAAAAUUUUGACUGCCUGCAGCAAAAGGUUUGUGCGAGUCUGAAGUUCUGGACACAGCCCCUUAGUUUUCCUGCACACUGUAUUUUAGUCGAGGGGGUACUUGAGUUCAACUUAAAUUUUGCUGCAACAGAACACUAGGCUUUUCUGGAGAAAAGCAUGCAAGUGCCGAAGAGCUGAGUUAAGAGAAGGCAGCAUUUGGUAUCUGCGGAACUCCAAAACCAAAAAAAAAAUGGGAAAGAUGUUUGGGAUUGUUUUUAUUCAACUAUUGGGCUUUGAUACCAACACCUUGAGGAUUCCAGUUAACCUAGCAGCUAUUCGCAACAAGUGCAUUUGCAGUAACAACAAAAAAUGACACGAGUACUUAAGCACACACUCAGGUGCUUUUCAUCCAUCUAGCCCCACAUGCUUUACCAACGUAAGGAUUAUCCUGAUUUGUUUGCUGUUUUUCUUACUACUGGGGAAGCAGGCAAAGGACUGGGGCCAUGAAGUGGUUUACCCAUGUUUCGGAAAGGCACUGGUAGGACUGGACCCUUGA